CGUUACGUCUUGGCUUGGUUUCUUGACGUACAAUUUUCGCGCCAUUUUUUCCAUAAUUUCAUUAACAAUUUAGUUGAUGUACACAUUUCACAUUUAUGAAGUUCUAAAUUUAAUAUCAAUAUAUGUGUUGUAUUGUUUGUUAAUUAUUAUACUUGAUUAAAAUGCACGUGCGUGUAAGAACAUUUGGUAAACCAGAUACCAUAGUGGUAGUUGAAUCUAAAUUAACCAAAAUAGAUCAGUUUCGUAAAAUUGUUAAAGAAAAAUUUAAUGUUAACCCAAAAUUACAACGUUUAUUUUACGGUGGAAAAUUGUUGGAAAAUGGUUAUACAUUCCAUGAUUAUAAUAUCAAAAUUAAUGAUGUUAUUCAACUAGUAGUCCAUGUUGAACCUCAGGAGCUUAAAAAAGAUAUAAAAAGUGCCAAAGACAAGAAAAGCACUGAUACCAAAAAUGAAGAUAAUUACACAGAUGCUGAGAGUGUACUGUAUCAGAUAGGUGAUUUAAUUGAUGUUAGAAGUCAGGAAGAGGGUGCCUGGUUUGAAGGUAAAAUAGUGAGGAUAGUUUUUGACCCUACUGUUGACACCCCAAACAAUAUUAAGGAGAAUAUUCAAGAGACAACAAAUGAUGUAGCAGACAAGUGUGACAGUAAAAAUAACUUGAAAGAUAAACCUCCAAGCAAUGUUAGUGCAUCAGGUAGUUGUAAAUCCAAGGAGAAAGGGAUAGUGAAGUAUUUAUGCAAAUCUCCAAAAAUUGUUAAAAAGAAAUCAUGUGAUGAUGACAACCAAAGUAGAACCACCGAUGUUGGUUUGUGGUACAAAGUGCAACUAGAUUCGGGUGAAAAUGAGCCAAAUCCAUACUGUCUAUUAAAAGAUAUUAGACCCCGGGCUCGACAUGUGAUAGAUCCAAAAGAUUUGAAAGUAGGACAGAAAAUCAUGGUAAAUCACAACACUGAGGACCCCUUUGAAAAAGGAUAUUGGUAUGACUUUAAAAUAGAUAAAAUAAAUAAGCUACGGUCGGUGUAUGAACUUGUGGGGACAUUGUAUUCUGGCUCUGAAGUUGUCCCUCAGAAUGAUACAAUAGUCAGGGUCCUCGACAAAAUAUAUACAAUAGAUGAAGUUGUUCCACUAGCAAAGAGAAGUAAAGAGUACAAGAAGAUGAUGAUAACACAACCUGAUAAAAGGUCGCAGCCAGUGAAUUGUCUGACGUGUCGAGAUGACCCAAACACUCCAUGUAAGGACUGUGGAUGUUGUCUGUGCUCGGGAAAAGACUUUCCAGAUAAAAUUGUGAUGUGUGACGAAUGUAAUGGUGGGUACCACAUGAUUUGUCUUACGCCACCGAUGACUGAGUUACCCGAGGAGGACUGGUAUUGUCCCUCCUGUAAACGGGACAACACUAGCGUGAUUGUGCCAGGUGGUGCCAAACAGGCGAAAAAGACGAACACAUCCAAAAGCAACAGAGAUUGGGGGAGAGGCAUGGCUUGUGCUGGUAAGACAAAAACGUGCGCUAUGCCCGCAAACCACUUUGGACCUAUCCCUGGAAUUGAAGUGGGCAUGUGCUGGAGGUUUAGAAUACAGCUUUCAGAGACGGGAGUGCAUCGACCCCCUGUGUCUGGUAUUCACGGACGUGACGUAGAAGGAGCAUAUAGUAUUGUUCUGUCAGGUGGUUAUGAGGACGACGUAGACAAUGGAAAUGAAUUCACCUACACGGGUAGCGGAGGUCGAGACCUAUCUGGAAACAAGCGAACAGCCGAGCAAUCCUGCGAUCAGACACUGACCAGGGAGAAUAAGGCUCUAGCUAGAAACUGUGCAGUGAAGGAAAUUAAAGAGGCGGGUGGUAAUGCUGGUAAUAAUUGGCGUAACGGUAAACCGGUUCGAGUUGUACGAUCAUAUAAAAUGAUGAAACACUUCCCAAAGUACGCGCCGAAAGAAGGGAUACGUUAUGACGGUAUUUACAAGGUGGUCAAAUAUUAUCCCGAAAAAGGAUUAUCAGGUUACAUUGUUUGGAAGUACCUAUUGCGGCGCGACGAUCCUAACCGGGCACCCUGGGAGCCUGGCGCGAAGCAGUAUCCUAUUAUCUACCCAGACGGUUAUCUAGAAGCGGAAGCAGAGAAAAAAGCGUUAAAAGAAAAAUCCCGUAAAACGCCUAAGGUUACCAAAAAGAGAGCCCUAAGAAAAAUUAACGAAUCUACAACUUCUGAAGAUGAACCAUCUCCACCUGUCAAGAAACGCAAGAUCAUUGAAAAAAAGGCUGGCAAACUAGAAUCCAAGAACAGUACAAUCACUAAGAGCCCAAAAGCGAAGAUAUCCAAUAUGUUCACUAAGAAUAGUCCUAAAGCAAAAGACUCAAAGAGUGCACAAGAUAGUACAACAGAGACGAGCGGUCUGUUAACCACAGAGGAGAUGAAUGCUAUCAAAGCAGAUACUCUCAAUUCCAAACUUUGGGAUGAGUGCUUGAUCGUUAAUGAAGCUCGUGGUAAACGGGAAUUCAUUGAGUAUAUAACACAAAUGUUCCUGUGCAUCAUUUGCCAGGAGGUAGCCGCUACUCCUGUCACCACGCCCUGCCUCCAUAACUUUUGCUUGAGCUGUAUAAAGGGAGCUUUCAAAACUACAAGCAAGAAUUGUCCGUGUUGUCGGCAUGAUCUGUCGAGAUACGAACCGGAACCUAAUGAGAAGCUGACAACAGCGCUUCGCAGCGUCCUGACUGGAUACGACGUUGGCAGAAGUAAAUCGGAAUGGCGCGGAAUCGAUCUUGCGACCACCAGCAAAGCGGUGUGCUAAACCGCUGGACCACCGAGGCCAUCGAAGA